GAAAAUGGCAUGGUAAAAUGCAUGGUUACAAACCUGAAACUAAUGUUAGAAGUCACAGAACUAUCCAUAUUCUUCCAACAGAUUUAUCUACCCCUGUUUUAUCUGUUAAUAUCCCACAGAUGAAACUGGCCCUUCUAAAUGUUAGAUCACUAAAUAACAAAACAUUUCUAGUUAAUGAUCUGGUCAAAGAAAACAACUUAGACUGCAUCUGUCUAACAGAAACCUGGCUAAACAAUGACACGGCAACAGCAACUUUGAUAGAAGCGUGUCCGCCCGAUUACAGCUUUCACCAAGUUUCUAGGACAUCAAAAAAAGGUGGAGGAGUCGCAGCUAUUUUCUCCUCUAAUCUGUUGUUCAAAAUCACUGAGCUAAGUGAAUUCACAUCAUAUGAAUAUCUUGCUAUAGAGCUCAAAACCGAAUCAAUACUUUUUGUUAUUAUAUAUCGGCCACCCAAGCACUCGCCAAUAUAAGAAUUCUCUGAACUAUUAAGCCUAUGUGUCACUAGAUAUGACAAAGUAGUUUUAAACGGAGACUUAAAUAUCCAAGCAAAUAAAAAAGCAGACCCAAGAACUAUUGAGCUCUUAAAUCUCCUCGACAGUUUCAAUCUAACUCAACACAUAACAGACCCAACACACCGGCACGGAAACACACUAGAUCUAGUGAUAACAACUGGACUAAAUAUCAAUAAUAUUUCAAUAACUGAUCUACCCCUCUCAGACCAUCAUUAUAUACUUUUUAAUGUGGAAAUUAUCCUAACAAAAAACAAAAAAGAAUUCUUAGUCCAUAGAAGAUAUUUAGACGAUACAGCUAUGAUGAAAUUUUCUGAACAAUUUGCUCUAUAUGAGCCGACUAACCAUUAUUGCUCUCUGAAUGAAAUGGUAGAGAACCUCAAUGAUGCACUAUUAUCUGUGUUAGACUCUUGCACUGUUGCACCACUGAAAACCAAAAAGAAGUGCACAAGCAGAACCUCCCCAUGGCUGAGAAAUAAAAAUGUUAGUGAAACGAAAAUAAAAUGCAGAGAGAAAAUGGAGGAAAACAAAGAUCACUAUCCACUACAAUAUCUACAAAGAUACACUAACCACCUAUAACAAAACCAUCCGUCUAGCAAGGAGAGAAUAUUUCUCCAACAUUAUUACAUAAAAUGACAGAAUUUCCAGUGUUCUUUUCUCCACCAUUGACCAGCUGCUAAACACUGUCCCUGCUCCACCUCCAUCCUCAGCAGUUAAAUGUGAAGAGCUUGCUUUGUUCUUCAAGAACAAAUUACCUUUGAUCAGAGCUAGUAUUAUUAAUAGUGGGGUCGAAACUGACAUCAGUAGAUUCUGCAACAUAACCAUGAGCACAUUUACCUGUAUCACACUUAGUGAACUUUCCAAAAUUGUCAGCGAAUCUAACUCCACAACCUCAGAUAUUGAUCCUAUACCCACAAUAUUCUUUAAGCGAGUAUUUGAUAGUGUCUCAGGUCCGGUGCUAGAGAUUAUAAACACAUCCCUUAGAACAUAAUCAGAGAACAUAACAUAGAUUUCCAUAGCUAUGCGGAUGACACACAACUAUAUAUAUCCACUGAACCCAACGAUGCAACGGCCAUCAAUUCCAUUACCAACUGCCUGUUGGCAAUAAACAAAUGGAUGAAUGAUAACUUUCUUAAAUUAAAUGAAGACAAAACCGAAGUCCUACUAUGUGGCCCCAAAUCCAAAAGAGAGAUGCUUACUAAGAAUCUAGGAGGCUUAACCCCCUGUCUUAAACCAGAGGUGACGAGUCUCGGUGUAAUCCUGGACUCAGAUUUGAAUUUCAACUCUCACAUUAAUAAAGUGACCAAAACAGCUUUCUUUCACCUGAGGAAUAUAGCAAAGGUACGACUAUUCAUAAACCAAAAUGAUGCAGAGAAGUUAAUUCAUGCUUUUAUAUCCAGCCGGCUGGACUACUGUAACGCACUUUUCACUGGUCUUCCCAAGAAAACCACUGAAAGACUACAGCUCAUUCAAAAUUCUGCAGCUAGAUUAUUAACCUACACUGGCUCCCCGUUACCUUCAGAAUUGACUUUAAGGUCCUUUUCCUCACUCUCUACACGGUCCUUGUCCAGCUCUACACGGACAAGGACCUAGCUACAUUGCUAACUCCCUUAUAAACUACACACCAGCUAGAACACUGCGAUCAUCAAAUGCAGGCCUAUUAGAGGUCACCAGAAGCAGUCAUAAGAAGAUUGGUGAUUCAGCCUUUGUCAAUUACGCCCCAAAACUAUGGAACAAAUUACCCAUAAAUAUUAGGGAAGCAAAUACGCUAGACAUUUUUAAAAGACAGCUUAAAACCUACCUUUUUACUGAAGCAUUUAAGUAAUUUUAUCUCAGAAGGGUUUUACUACUUUUAUUAGCUAAAUUAUUGUUUAAUUAUUACUUUUAUCACUUGUAUUAUUGUUUUUAUUGAUUUUAUGUAAAGUACCUUGAGCUACAAUUUUUGUAUGAAAUGUACUAUAUAAAUAAAGUCUUACUUACUUAC